AUGAGGAUCUUGACGUGGAACGUCAACGUCCUCCGGACGGUGCUCGACUACCACCCAUUCUCGAGCCUACCAAAUAAGAGUGUCGAAGGGCUUCUCGAGGAGCUCAAAGCAGACGUUUUCUGCUUCCAAGAACACAAGACGCGCCGCCAACAGCUGGGCCGCGGCAUGGCGUGCCCUGGGCCGUACGACGCGUUCUGGACCUUCCCUCGCAGCAAGUUAGGUUACUCAGGCGUCUGCACGUACGUCGACUCGCGUGUGUGUGUCCCGCUGCGCGCCGAGGAAGGUAUCACAGGGCUACUCCUCUCGGAGCGCGGCGGCACCAUGAAGCCCCCUUGGACUGCCGAAGAGAAGAUCGGAUGCUACCCGGACAUGGACGAUGUGGAGAUCGACGACGAGGUUGAUGGUACUGCGUUCAACCCCCGGACUCUCGACGAGGAGGGUCGUGCAGUCGUGCUGGACUUUGGCAUGUUCGUGCUGUUCAACCUCUACUGCCCCAACGAGACCAACGAACAGCGGCGGCCGUACAAGAUGAACUUCCUCCGCACGCUCCACGCGCGCGUGAAUGCGCUGGUUGCUGCGGGUCGCCAAGUCAUCGUCGCUGGCGACAUCAACGUCAUGCGUGCGCCCAUCGACUCAGGAGAAGGAGGGGUCAAGACGACGGCGGAGCAGCACUACGAGCACCCAGCACGCGUUUGGCUAAAUAACUGGUGCGCACCGAAGGGUCCGAUGGUCGAUGUUGUGCGCGAGUCAUGGCCCGACCGGGAAGGCAUGUUCACGUGCUGGAACCAGAAGAUUGACGCACGGCCGGCCAACUACGGCUCGCGCAUUGACCUCAUCUUGUGCACGCCCGCGUUGCGUCCGUGGAUCAAGGGCGGUGACAUCCAGAACAAGGUGUACGGCUCGGACCAUUGCCCAGUGUACAUCGACCUGCACGAUUCCAUUGAGCUUGAUGGGGUGACAGUACACAUCCGUGACCUGCUCAACCCAGUCGACAGACCACCAAGCACUGGUACCGUCUUUCCUUGGGACGAGCCGCGGAGCGCUCCGCAACCGCCACGCUUUGCGACCAAGUUCAUGGAGGAGUUUAGCACCAAGCAGCGCACCCUCAAGAGCCUGUGGGCGAACACCAAGCCGAAAGCCAAAGUGGAGACGAAGGUGGAGGAGACAAGAGUCCAACCUGAGCUUCCAAAGGAGGACCCUCCGCCGCAAGAGUUAUCCUCGGCCAUGGGCAUUGCCCGCGCGGCGUUCGAGACGCUCGAUGCUCCACCAGAUACUGCAGGACCGACCCAAAUGAUCGAGUCCCAGCCAACGCAGGCAUCAACAUUCGUCUCUGCACCUACACAAUCCACACAACUCACACAAGAUUCACCGCCUACAAAGAACACUUUGCGGCAAAUGAAGCGUUCCGGGGCCGAGACGGUUGACCUGACACUUGAAGACCCGCCACCCACGAAGAAGGUCGCAUUGGAACGGUUGGAACGGACGAAGAGUGCCCCGGCUCCCAAAGGGAAGACUAAGAAGACACCAGCAGGUGGACAAGCUAAGCUGGCUGCGUUCUGGUCGAUGCCCAAGACCAAGCCAAAGGCGAAGGAGCCAAGUCCGCCACGCCUUCCCCCACCCGCCACCGGAAGCACUGCCAAGAAGGCUCUUGCGAUUGACAAUUCUCUCUCUGGUGAGGACAAGCCACCAGAUACUGUCCAAGAUGAGCUCUUCGCCCAGGCUUUGGCGGAUGAGGACGCCGAGAUGGAGGCAGAACGUGUGCGACAGCGUGACGCUCGCAACGAGGCGGCGGGGACGACGUGGGCAAACAUGUUUGCGCCGAAGAAGGCCCCGGUGUGCACUGUCCAUCAGCACCCGUGCAAGGACUUUAUCGUCAAGACCCCAGGCCCGAACAAGGGCAAGCGCUUCUGGCUGUGCUCCAAAGCUGACCUCUGGCCUGUUGGGCCUGGAUACGACAUGGGUCGGUCGAAACGACCGCGUGAGGACGUAGAUUCCCGCUAUCGGUGUAAUUUCUUCCUAUGGGACUCUGCCAAUUCGCAGCGGGAGGCUCCGCGGCGGCUAGGUGGAAGCAGCGGAGACGGCAUGGGUACUGGCAGUGGGCAAUGCGUGUAA